AGACAGGUUGGUGGAUCCUGGGCUUUCCCCUACUGGGUCAACAUCAGCUCCAGGGUCUUUGUGACACUGAGAGUAACGUUGAUUUUCUGGCACCAUUCAGCUAGACCUCCCUCCCAUGCAAUGACUCCUCGUUCCCCGUCAUCGGACCAUUGACUGGAGCCGUUUCACACUCUCCCUCGUUACAGGUGGCUCUCUACGUGACUGAACGUCUCCUGGCCAAGGAGGUCGGCCGAGGAACAGGCGGCUUCCUCGACGGGUUACAAGACACGGGCUUGACACUCGACACACUGAAGGUCCUAUAUUCGUGCUGUAACGUCAGUCGAGACGCCUGUCAGCUUGUCGUGGACGAGGUUCUGCAAAACAUUCUGUCAAUGCUGGAGAAACAGGUCAGUCCCGACGACCCUGUUCAGUGUCACAACCUGGAGCUCUCUCUCUACCUGCUGUCGGUGCUGGUGAUACAACUGGAGUGUGUCCCGGACUUACUACAACAAUCCGCUGGGAUGAUCUCCUCUAUUUUGCUCCGGUCUCCGGCUCACACGAGUGCUGCCUCCCUCCUGUGGAUGGAGUUGACCUCUCGAGGUUGUGCGCUGGAGCUUCACCUCGAGGACUUCCUGCCAGCGGCCCUCAUCACGCUGAUGUCUGCCGUCCCGCUUCCCAUCACCCCACCGGGACACCUGGGCAGGUUCGAUGCAUUACUCACCCUCCUCUUGCAGUUUGUGUCUCAGGGAGCCGCUGCCGAUCUCCUGCACUCUGAACUCUGGCCCUCUCUCUGGCAGCGAGUCGCUUUCGCUCUGCAUCUCCCCCUGGACCGUCCCAUCAUGGAGGGGGAGACUCCCCGAGCCGGCAGAGCCACCCCCACCCCCGACUGGAUCUCCCUCUCCCCGUCUGGGUUCCUGGCCUUCCUCACCAUCGCUACACAUGUUUUCACGGCGGCCCCGUCCCAGUGCAUCGCUCUGAUGUCCAGUCCCACCAGCGUCGUCCUGACAACCCUCGGUCACCUGUUGACGGAGCAGUUCCUGCAUCACCUGGACCAGAGGCUCGGGGCCGUGGGGGAGCUGCCUCAGGACUGUGGGUGGUGGCUGGUUCUGCGUGUCUGCCAGCUCCUGUGUUUCCCCUUCGCUGUCGACGUGGAGGGGCCACUCCUGACUGAUGUUCUGCGGGCUUUCCUGGAGGUGGAGGUGGUGCCGCACCUGGCCCUGAUGACCCUCUCCCGCCCUCCACCCCCGGAUCCUGACCUGCCCCUCUCCCUCCUGUGCCGACUGUCUCUCUGCGGGCCCCCCUUCAUCUCCCAGCUGCUCUCCCAGUCGGGCAGGGGGUUGGGGGCUGGGAGCCAGCCUUGUCCUGAGGGGAGGGAGGGUGGGGGAGGGGGAUUGAGGCGGUAGAGCAGAAGGCUUGUGGAGUGAGGGGUUGUGGGGUGAGUAAGCAAGGAGGUAGAGUGAGGGGUUGGGCAGUGAGUGGAUGUAGAGUGAGGGGGUGAGGAGGUGAGAUAGAGUGAGGGAUUGGGGAGUGAGGAGGAGCCGGAAUAGCCAGCACCAGAACGGGGCGGAGGGGGUUGGGGGGUGCUCAAGCAGGGGUAGACAAGGGCAGAGGUCAUUGGGGGUGGAAUCACACGAAGACAACAGACAAUAGGUGCAGGAGUAGGCCAUUUGGCUGAUCAUCCACAAUCAGUACUCUGUUCCUGCCUUCUCCCCAUAUCCCCUGACUCCGCUAUCUUUAAGAGCUCUAUCUAAUUCUCGCUUGAAAGCAUCCAGAGAAUCGGCCUCCACCGCCUUCUGAGGCAGAGAAUUCCACAGAUUCACAACUCUCUGGGUAAAAAAAGUCUCUCCUCAUCUCCGUUCUAAAUGGCCUGCCCCAUAUUCUUAAAGUGGCCCCUGGUUCUGGUCUCCACCAACAUCGGGAACAUGUUUCCUGUUUCUAACGUUUCCAAUCGCUUAAUAAUCUUAUGCUUCAAUAAGAUACCCUCUCAUCCUUCUAAACUCCAGAGUAUGCAAGCCCAGUCGCUCCAUUCUUUCAACAUACGACAGUCCCUCCAUCCCGGGAAUUAACCUCGAUGACGAUGUCGAAGGUUACAGACGGUGAUAGGCACUAAGGGUCAGAGGUUUUAAGCAGGUCACCAAGACAAAGUGCGAGGUCAGUGCGAGGUCAGAAGGUCAUGGGUGAGAGGGCAGAAUCCACGAUUAGUCACUUGGGCAAGACGUCAGGGUUGGAGCUGGGCAGAGGUUGGGGUCACGUGGGCGAUGGACACGGGUCGGGGUUAUAGGUCAGGGGGAGGAUCUCCACCAUCCAUGCCAUGCCCUCUUCUCGCUGCCACCAUCGGGCAGGAGGUACAGAAGCUUGAAGUCCCACACCACCAGGUUCAGGAACGGACCAUCCUGCAACCAUCAAGACCCUGAACCGCUGGCUCAUCGACCAACCUCCUGCACUAUCAAGGCAUCGUUCACUAACUGCAGAUUUACACCAAGGUCGGGUGCUUUUGCAGUCUCUUUCUACUCUCGGUCUUGUAGAAUUUAUGUCCAAUGUAUGCAGAAUACAUGUGCAAUUUUUUCACUAUUUUUGCACCAAUUUACAUUAAAGUCACUUGUUCAGUGCAAGAUUUUUCUCUCUUGAAGAA